AUGCCUCACCAAAUCCUACUCCUCGACACGCCACGAAGCGGCAGCCAUCUUCUCGACCGAAUGAUCGGUCAUGGCACGGAGAUUAAACAUCUCGACUCGCCCUUCAGCGCGGCCCGCGGUAAACAGAUCGGCUGGAUGCUGCGUGAAGGCCACGAGAAGGGUAUGACCUAUCAAGAGGGCGCAGACUUCACCACAGCCCUUUCAGCAGGCAUUACCAAAUGGCGCGAAGCCCUGUCCGACGCAGAAGACACCGUCAGUCCCACCACUGAAGAUUCAACCCAUUCAGCCCAGCUGACUGAGCAGCAGGGCAAAACCCUCUUCCUCAAAGACCACAUCCUCAAUUCCUCCCACGGCCGCGAAAUCCUGCAGAUCCAAUACAAUUAUAAAUCCCCCUCCCCACACCAGGACCCCACCGACCCCUACCCCUUCCUCCCCGCCGGAGCAAACCCGACUCGAAUCCCCGACGACUUGCUCCUAGCCCUCGGAACGGUUCCAAUCCUCCUAAUCCGGCACCCGCUCUGCACGAUCCCAUCGGCAAUGCGUGUACUCCAACGUAUGGGUCUACCCCACGGCGGCGGACGCACGAAUUUCCGCGCCGUGACAUCGCAGGACCAUACGAGGGUAAUGUAUGAUUUCUACCGAGCCCACUACAACCCCAGCCAAGCCGUGAUGCCGCUGAUAGUCGACUACGACGACAUCGCCACUUCCCAACCGUUUGUGCGACAUCUCUGUACACUUCUCGGUCUAGAUCCCACUGAAGCGAAGUUCUCAUGGCCGGCUUUGACGGCGGAGGGGAAAAGGGAGAUGCAUCCUUCGUACUAUAUUAGUCAGACGAGGCUAAAGGAGUCGAGUGGUGUGAUGCCGGAGUUGGCGACGAGGAAUCGAGAUUUAGAAGGGGAGAGGAAGGGGUGGGUCAAGGGUUGGUGGAGGGAGUUUGGGCGGGAGGAUGUGGAGAUGAUGGAGGAGAUGGUUGGGUUGGCUAUGCCGAAUUAUGAGUGGUUGUGGGAGAGGAGGGUGAGGUUGCCUGGUGGUGGUGAGGCGUAG